GAGGAAAAGGUUCAAGAGGAGUGGAUGCCUGCUGACGAUUGUCCAUCCUUCGCCGUUCGGGUCGCACUCAGCUCCAAUGACUCGAUCAUAUGUACAGUAUCGGCAUUUGCCAUUCGAGCGUAACGAUGCGACGCUACAUAUACCAACAGGCAAUGCGUUUGUGUGCGAGCGCUUGAGCAGUACGAUAGCAUUAAGGAUGAGGCAGGUGCCUCUGACGUUGUCUAUAGUUGUCCUUGCCUCUGCAGGCGCCCGCGACUGAAGUAAGAUGGCAGUUGUGUCUCUUGCUACUGGGUAUCGCUUGUUCGGAGUCCACCCCUUCAUUCAGAUCCUACCCACUCCUCCGCCAGCCUGAUGGAA